AUGGAUAACGUCCCGCUGGAAGAUAUCGCCCGCUAUGAGGUUGGAGGCUCCAUUGCAAUCCUGGUAAACACGGCGCCCGCAGCCUUCUGGACUCUGCUUAUACUCUAUUCUCACCCAGGUCUCCUUGAUGAUGUCAGGAAGGAGGUCGACGCCUGCACCACCACCACCACCACCGAGACCGGUACCACCGUCAGGGCCCUCGAUAUUAACGUCCUCAAGGAGAGCUUCCCUUCUGCUCUCCUCGUACCAGGAGGUACUCCGCCACCGCUCCAUGGGCACAACCGCCCCAACAUCGAGGACUUCGAGCCCCGCCGGUUCCUCCCCGAGGAGAAGCAGAACCGCCCUCGCGAUGUCUGCUUCCGCGCCUUCGGGGGCGGCAAGACGCUGUGUCCCGGGCGGCACUUUGCGACCAAUGAGGUCCUCGCCGUCGUUGCGGUCUUUAUUGUGAGGUUUGAUAUGAAGUCGGUAGAGGGCGGCGGGAGGAUGCCGACUACCGUGAAUACUAAUGUCACUUCUGUUGUCAUGGAGCCGGAUGAUGAUGUUCAGGUCGAGAUUAAGACGCGCGCGGGCUUUGAGGAUGUGGAAUGGGCUAUCAAUCUUGAUGAAUUGGAAAUACUUUUGCGAUGGUGA